UAUAAAUCAUUGAUGAUGUUUAUCUGUUUUUGUUUAUGUCACACCCUUCUUUGAUUAUUCCGAUUCACAUUAAAAUAUACACUACUAGUCUUAGUUUUAUAUGAUUAUAUUUAAAAGAAUCAAUAUUUUAAUCUCCAUAGACUUUUUUCUUACUUUUCCCCCUUCCUUGUCCCCCUGUUAGUUGAGCUAGAUCUAAUGUUCGUCUUAAGUCCGGUGAAGGUUUUCGAGAGAUGUUGUGAACUUCCCUUUUGGUUUUCAGUCUGAUUUGCUUCUUUCUUGCCUUCCAUCUGUUUGUAGAAAGUUCUCACAGAAAGAUUUUCGGAUAGACGCAUACGACUAACAUAUCUGCACCCAUCAUCCGAUUACUGGAGGGUUUCGAGAAUUUCUUUUGUUCGCUUAAGAUCUUCGUCGCAAGCUCUUGCAGUGCUGAUUCGAUGGUGUUUUAGCUUACCAUAAACAGAAAGCAUAUGUUUUAAAAAUAGAAAAAAGUCAGUCCCUGAUAAAGAUUCAAAUGUCAAAUCUUUUCUCAUCUCCAUAAAAAAAAAACCAACUCCCCUUUCAUUUCCAAAUGUCGUUCCGGAGUAUAAUGCGUGAUGUGAGAGAUGGAUUUGGGAGCAUAUCAAGGAGGAGUUUUGAUGUAAGAGGAAAAUCUCAAGGAUCUGUAAAUGAUUCAAAUUCAAGUGAUAAUCAAGCCUCCAUUGUUGUCCAAAACAGUAGGUGGGCUAAUCUCCCACCUGAGCUUCUCUGUGAUGUGAUUAAAAGAUUAGAAGAGAGUGAAAGUACUUGGCCUCAAAGAAAACAUGUGGUCGCUUGUGCUGCUGUUUGUAGAUCUUGGAGAACCAUGUGUAAAGAAAUUGUCAGAACCCCUGAAUCCUCUGGGAAGCUCACUUUCCCUAUUUCCUUAAAACAGCCGGGCCCACGUGACACCACUAUCCAAUGUUUCAUUAAGAGGGACAAAUCCAAUCUGACAUAUCAUCUUUACCUUUGCCUUACCCCUGCAGCGUUGCUAGUUGAAAAUGGUAAAUUUUUACUAUCUGCUAAAAGAACUCGAAGAACUACUUGCACUGAAUAUGUCAUAUCCAUGGAUGCUGAAAAUAUUUCAAGAUCAAGUAGCACUUAUAUUGGAAAACUCAGAUCUAAUUUUCUUGGAACAAAGUUUAUAAUAUACGACACGCAGCCCCCGCAUUCCGGGGCUUCAAUCCCGCCACCUGGCAGAUCGAGUCGAAGAUUUUACCCCAAAAAAGUCUCACCGAAAGUCCCAAAUGGAAAUUACAAUAUUGCCCAUAUCAAAUACGAACUCAAUGUACUCGGUACGCGGGGUCCACGUAGGAUGCACUGCAUCAUGCACUCGAUACCCACGUCAGCACUCGUGCCAGGUGGCACCGUGCCAGGUCAGCCGGAGGCCCUCCUUCCUCCUCUUUCAAAUUCGAAUUCCUUAUCGGAUUCUUUCCGGAGCAUUUCCUUCUCGAAAUCCCUUGACCGCUCCACCGAUUUCAGUAGCUCCCGGUUUUCGGAAAUUGUCGGUGCCGCCAUGUCGAAUGAUGUCCCGGAUGGUGAAAAGUCGAAAAUGCCCUUGGUGUUGAAGAACAAGGCGCCUAGGUGGCACGAGCAGCUGCAAUGCUGGUGUUUGAAUUUCAAAGGGCGGGUGACGAUUGCUUCCGUGAAGAACUUUCAGUUGAUCGCCGCCCAACCGCCGCCAGUAGUGGCGGCGGCACCACCGCCUUCGUCGUCUUCUUCUCAGGCUCAGGCAGGGGGGCAGCCGGAGCAUGAGAAAGUGAUAUUGCAGUUUGGUAAAGUUGGGAAAGAUAUGUUCACCAUGGAUUAUCGAUACCCUUUAUCAGCAUUUCAAGCUUUUGCUAUUUGUUUAAGCAGCUUUGACACCAAAUUAGCUUGUGAAUAGAAUAAAAGAAAAACCAAAACAAAAUAUUAACUCUAGGGUUUUCAGAAGAAUCAAUGGGUAAAGAAAGCAAAUAGGAAUGAAUGGCUUUCUUUUGUUGUCCAACAGUUGUUAUUGUGUUUUUGAAGUAAAAAAAAAAAGAAAAAAAAAACUCUAUUAUAAGCUCAAA